CAGACGAUUCAACUUCCCUAUUAAUCUGUCGCCUAGUACUCUGUUGAACUGAGAUCUUUUCACUUUUGUAAAAAAAUUAUGGGUUCCUCUACAAAUUCAGAAGACGUGAUUGCUAACACAAUUGAUUCCUGUGUGGCUGAUGCAUUCAUCAAAAUAGGGGGUGGUUUGAUCACUGGUACAUUAUUCUCCGUUCUCCUGUUUAAGCGGAAAUCAUGGCCUGUUGUAUUCGGUGUGGGAGUUGGAGCAGGAAUGGGCCUGUCAAAUUGCCGUUACAAAUUAAAUAUGCCGUACUUAAUUGGAACAGACAUGGUUAAGGUUGAAAAUCAGGCAUUUAGAAGGAACAAUGUUAGCCAAAUAGGGAAGGAUUCGUCAUGAGAAUUAGCCUUUAAAUAGCACUUAAGCAUUUUUUGUCUUUAUUUGACAAAUACCUUAACUGUGUAGUUUCUGGAUUAAACUUGGUUCAAAUGUA